ACGUGUUUCUAGCCGGCUUCAGCUUGCGAUUCACUGCUUUUCAGUCUGAAACGCAGUGGGCUCGGGAGUAGUAGCAAGAGUUGCAAGAUGGCGGUGCGGUGGGGUACAGGCGAGGAGAUAUUAACAACGUGCAAUAUGGAUAUUUUUCCUCUGGACACAUUAGAUGAGACUACUGGGCUGAACUCAGGUGACACUAUGAACACUCUUCAAGGCUGCUUAGACCCAACAAUUCUUUCAAUGUUUGAAGACCCAUCAGCAAUAGAGACUAGAGGACUUGAAGAGGAGAGUGAGGCCACACUGCUCACUGCUCUGACAGAGAUCCUGGACAAUGUGGAUGAUGAAAAUCUGUCUCCGUUCGACACUCUGCCCGAAUCAGACCUACUGUCAGGCCAAAAGGGCAGGGAGCACUCUCCGCUGAGAAGAUUAUUUUGUCUGUCACGUUCCCCUCCGGAGAAAGAAACAUUAUUUGGCAAACACCGUUCUACAGGAAAGACCUUGCCCAUGGUUCAACAAAGAAGUGAUGGAGAAGAGGAAGAGGAUUCUCUCACCCCUACCCCAGGAAGACUUGAAUUAACUUCUGACAAUGAGCUAGACUGGGAGGGUUUUCCCAUUACUUUUGAGCAAAAUGGUGAAGAUGGACUUUCUGUCAGUUUGGGUGAUUUGGUCAGACAAAUGCAUCCUUACUGUAUGGCCAUUUCUUUAGAGGAUGAUGAGGGAGGACAAAUGCUCCCUGAAGGAGGUAUUUUACUUGAAGUUGUAGACCAGGGAGCAAAUGGAGAACCUAUACUGGCCAUCCCAGAGAUGGACCGCACCAUUUCUGUUAAACUUGAUGAGUCAAUCUUAAAUUCUAAGGUUUUGGAUGAAGGGGAUGAUGAGGCCUCAGAUAGUUCAGAACAAAUAGUCGUUGAUGACGACGACGAUAUUAUUGUCAUGCCUCAACUAAAAGUUGCAGAGAGUAAAACUGAAUCAAAUGUGAAGGACAAACUUACCGGUAGAAAACUUGAAGAUGAAAUAAAAGAUAAAAAUCUCUCCAAAAGAAAAAAGAAAUCCAGUAGCCAUUUAGCAGCUAGUCCUCCUGAACCUUCUGAGGGCAGGGUUCUUCGCAGUGCCUUAUUGAAGAAAGCUUCUCAUGAAGCACCAAAAAAGUAUGAAAAUAAAUUGCUCAAAAAGGAUAAAAGGCACAAAGAAAAGAACAGCAAACUUCAAGAUCCUACUGCUACAACCACCACAAGUGCGAAACCCAAGGAUUUAACUGUAAGCCAAACUAAAAUGUCCGAAAGCACCAUAUCAACUACAUUACAAACUUCUUCCGAAAAGACUGGGAUUAAUCAAUCUGUUAGUCCACCAGUACUGCAGUCUGAACCUGCACAAACUCCAUUAGUCACAGCUCCUGAGCAGCAAACUGCUGCACCAACUGCUUCCGAAGACAAACCCGCUGUGCCAAUUGAAGAAGCUACCCCUGAAGUGUGCCAGUCAACAACAGUUGUUGGACUACAAUCUCCCCUUUUGCCUUCUGUCACUGCAGAACCAAAACCCAAGGCCCUCAGUCUGGCAGAGUAUCGCCGCCUCCGACAGCAGAAAAAGCCAGCACCAGUGGAAAAACAGGAUGAUAAUAGCACCAAGUGGCCCAGCCUUCCAGAACCUCCAAGAGAACUCCCACCAAUCCCCCAUCUCCCUGAGCCCAGGCCCAGAGAUCCUCGUCUGUCCAGGUCUCAGUCAAAGGAGGUGGAGGAGGUCAAACCAGCCUGGAUGCCACGUGGCCCAGGUGCACCACCCACACCGGAGGCUCUGCUGGCACCACCGGCCUACAUGGUAAACUCUGGCAACAAAGCUGCUACUAAGCCUCAGCAAACGGCUGCUUAUCAGCAUAAUCAGAAUACUACAGCUCCACACAUACACACAAAAGACCCUACUAAAGAUGACCCAAGUAGUGUCACUACCUAUCAAUCUCCUCCAUCAUCGGCAACAACCACUACAGAGGAGAUUAAACCUGCUGCUAAUGUUUUGACAUCUGUCUCUCAAAACGCUGCUGCUUCAACUGAGACUAAAGCCAAAGUUAACCCAACUGAUGCAAUGCCUAAAUCCAGUGAGCCAUGUGGUCAGAACUCUUCCUCUCCUGUCACUCAUUUGAAAUUGGUCAAUCAAAGUAGUUCUGGAAAGGCUGAAGAAUCUCCAGCAGUAAAACCACUGGAAGCAAAGAGCCCCACACAAGAACUGAUUGAAGCAUUUUCAAGUGAGAUGGGUAUCGAAGCCUCUGACUUGACCAGUCUGCUGGAACAGUUUGAGGAAACCCAAGCCAAAGAGGAUCAAUGUUUGCCGGAGGUCUCUGGUAGAGCAGUAGCUGUAGGAAACUCUAGCAACACUGACUCUGAAAAAAUUGUUGUGGAGCGUGUUAGAGCUAAUGAUCUCUCAGUCACAGCUCUAACUCCUCCAGCUACUCCUCCUCAUCCACUGUGGAAACCUCUGGCCCCAGUGUCUCUGCUGGGGAAAAGCAAGGCAGAGACAAAGUCAGUUCCUUCAAGAGUAAUUGAAAUAGAGGCUCAGCCUCUGCCCUUGGCUAAAGCUCGCAGCAGACUUACUAGUGCUGCUUCUGUUGAUCCGGACUUGGCAUGCCAGGAUCAUGAUUACUGUCUUCCUAACAAAGGCACUUCAUGUGGUGAGACUGCAAAGCGCUGGAAUGUCAAACAACAUUCUUCAAUAACCAUUAAACCAAUAAAGCAGACAGCUACACUGACACUGCAGAAUGCUGAGGUACCCACUGUCCAGUCAGCCAUAUGUGCAAACAAAGCACAAGAACUUGACCAAAAAUAUUUGGAAAAAAGUUCAGUUUUAGAAACUCCUGAUGCAUCUCCUGCAAGAGAUGAAGAUGAUAAUAAAACAUGUCCUAAGCGAAGGCAGUUUGUGAGGUCCUAUCGCCAACGUGCUUCCUCCCGCUCCCCAAAUCCCAAAGAGAGGUCUGUUGGCCGGUCUAGAGUCAGAAGAUCCCACUGUUCUUCAAGUUCUAGAUCGGACUCCUCAGAAUCCUCAAGAUCCAGAUCAAGAUCAUGCUCUCCUCCUAGAAAAAGGUAUCGACCACGUCACUCAAGAAGCAGUUCCAGUUCCACUUCACGGUCCACCUCGCGGUCGUCUUCCCGGUCUCAGUCGCCUCCUCGCAGGAGAAGAUACUCUUAUUCUUCAUCCCGCUCUGCAUCAUGGAGUCGUUCUAGAUCUCGCUCUAGAUCUCCUCAGUGGAGCAAGAAAAGGCAGGUGUACAGCCCUUCCUACAGAGACUCAUAUUACACAAACGUGAAGACUAAUCCUGAACUGAAAAGACGAAAGGAGAAAGCCAUAGAGGAGCGUCGUGUUGUUUAUGUGGGCCGAAUCAGAGGCACAAUGACUCAGAAAGAGCUUAAAGAGCGCUUCUCUUAUUUCGGAGAGAUUGAGGAGUGCACCCUGCAUUUUAGAGAUCAGGGGGAUAACUAUGGGUUUGUGACGUACUAUAACACUAACAAUGCCUUUAUGGCCAUUGAGAAUGGAAGCAAGCUGCGCAAACCUGAUGAGAUGCCAUUUGAUUUGUGUUUUGGAGGACGGAGACAGUUUUGCCAAACUAGCUAUGCUGAUCUAGAUUCUAGUAAAGAGUACGAACCAUUGCCUUCAAGAAACAAAUAUCAUGCACUAGACUUCGACACUUUAUUGAAGCAGGCUCAACAGAAUCUGAAGAGGUAACGAGAGGCCUGCCAUAGAUGACUGCAGACAGUACCUCAGAGCCAAAUGCUGGCUCCAAAAUGACAACGAAUUUACUUUUAUUUGUUGUGUUUGUUUUAUUUCUGAAAGCUUAACACCUUCUAUUGAAGUGAAGAUUUAUAAUGAAAAUUUUCAAAAGUGGUUAAAAAAAGAUCUAAGUAAAAUUAAGUAAUUUUUUAAAUGUUUAUUUAAUCAUACAAAGUGUUUUGGACUGUAAUGAGAACAUUACUUUUAAAUGGGUAUGAUAUGGAUUGAAACUUGAAUUAUGUAAUACAUUGAGUGUACUACAUAAUAAAUCUCAAAAGG